UCGAACGAUCUUAAUCUUAAAAUUAAUGAUGCUGGCCCACAUAACAUGUGCCCCAACAAAAAGUCUGUUUGUAGAAGCUGAUCUUUCCCAUACGGCACGCCUCCAUUUCCAAAGCCAUCCCAGGAUUAGAUAGUAGCCAGUAAAUUUCUGCCAGAAAACAUUAUAGCAGAAAAAAUGUCAGCUGCCUCAAAACUUCAAUUUUUAUUUUCAUCCUGCGAUACAAUUCAAAAUCAUCCAAUUUGGUUCAACAUGCUGGCAUCACUUGCCUAACGUGUCGGGUUUUUCUCUUGACCUAUUUUUAACAGUCCAUCUUUGGGACUUCUUUCUUUUGAUAAUUUUAAUUACACAUGAAGGUGAAAAUUAUAUUAAAAAAAAAAAAAAGAACAGAAAUCACUGUUCUUGGUGGCCAAUUCCAUCCGUAGAUUUAUUGAGGAUGACAGAAGACAAAAAAAAGGACACAGUCAAGGGUGGGAUUCACCAGCUAGUGGGACCCAUACCCAGUCGAUGGAGAAGGUGGAAAAACAGCAACUAUGUUUGACUGGAAACGUAGAACCUUGACGAGAUGAGAUUUUCCACCUUCAACUUCUGCUUACAUGGACAGCUCUUAUAAACCCAACACAGUGCACUGCGAGAAGGUCAAAGAAACAGAACCAGAUCAGACCAGAAAUGAGAACCAAAACUCUUCCAUUCUCUUCUCUCCUCAUCUUUCUUUGCUUUAAUUAUAUUCUCAACCAUUUGCAAGCGCAGCCAAGCACUGAAGGAUUCACCUGCACCGUAAACCUGACUAGCUAUCCAUGCCAAACCUAUGCCUUUUACAGAGCCAUGGCUCCUGACUUCCUUGACCUGGGUUCCAUUGGUGAUCUUUUCUCUGUUAGCCGUCUAAUGAUAUCAAAACCAAGUAAUAUCUCCUCUCCAUCUUCACCUCUAAUCCCUGGCCAAUCUCUAUUUGUCCCUUUAUCAUGUUCUUGCAAUACUGUUAAUAUCACUACUGGUGUAUUUUACUCUUAUGCAAACCUCUCAUAUACAAUCAAGAAAGGUGAUACCUUUUACAUGGUCUCUACGAAUUAUUUCCAAAACCUUACUACAUAUCAGUCGGUUGAGGUUGUGAAUCCUACUCUUGUCCCGACCAAUCUUUCGAUAGGCCAAAACGUCAUCUUUCCAAUAUUUUGUAUGUGUCCUAAUCAAACCCAGUUGCAAAAUCAGGUCAAUUAUCUGAUCUCUUAUGUGUUUCAACCUUCUGAUAACUUAUCACUAGUUGCUUCAAGGUUUGGAGUUGAAAGACAAUCUAUUAUAGAUGUUAAUGGCAACAGAACGCAACCGUUUGAUACCAUAUUUAUUCCACUCAAUAAACUUCCACAAUUGUCACAACCUGUAGUUGCUGCUUCUGUGUCUUCUGGGAGGAAAGAAAGGAAAGGUUUGAUCGCCGGGUUGGCAGUUGGGCUUGGAAUUAGUGGAAUUUUGUUGAUUUUGAUGAGUGGGUUUUGGGUUUAUAGAGAAGGUAAGUUGAAGAGGAAAGAGAGGGAAGAAGAUGAGGAGGAGCGGAGGCUGCAGAUGUAUAGAGGAGAGAAAGGUUUAAAGGACAUGGAAGCUAAUUUGAUGGCAGAUGUUUCAGAUUGCUUGGAUAAGUAUAGGGUUUUUAAGAUAGAGGAAUUGAAAGAAGCUACCGAUGGUUUUAAUGAGAAUUUCUUGAUUCAAGGGUCUGUAUAUAAGGCGUGCAUUGAGGGUGAAGAUUAUGCUAUCAAGAAGAUGAAAUGGAAUGCCUAUGAGGAGCUUAAGAUCUUGCAGAAGGUAAAUCAUGGCAAUUUGGUGAAGCUAGAGGGAUUUUGUGUAGACUCGGAGGACGCAAGUUGCUAUCUAAUCUAUGAAUACAUAGAAAACGGCUCCCUUCAUUCAUGGCUACACAGCAAAAAGAAUGAAAAGCUAAGUUGGAAAACAAGAUUACGCCUCGCAAUUGAUGUUGCCAAUGGCCUGCAAUACAUCCAUGAGCAUACUAGACCAAGGGUUGUGCACAAAGACAUCAAAAGUAGCAAUAUUCUUUUAGACUCAACAAUGAGAGCAAAAAUUGCCAACUUUGGACUAGCAAAAUCAGGCUGCAAUGCCAUAACAAUGCAUAUUGUUGGUACUCAAGGCUACAUUGCACCUGAAUAUCUAACUGAUGGGGUAGUAUCAACAAAAAUGGAUGUUUUCUCUUUUGGGGUGGUUUUGCUUGAGCUUAUAUCUGGUGAGGAGGCCAUUGACGAAGAGGGUAAGCUUUUGUGGGCAAAAGCCAGCGAAAUUUGGAAUGGAAAUGAAGAGAGAAAGGAGCAUAGAUUGAAGGAAUUGAUGGAUGAGAAUCUUUUAGAAGAGUCAUGCUCAAUGGAGAGUGUAAUGAAUGUUAUGACCAUUGCAGUUGCUUGUCUGCAUAGAGAUCCAACAAGGAGGCCUAGCAUGGUGGAUAUUGUUUAUGCUUUGUGUAAGAGUGAUGAUUUGUUUUAUGACAUUUCUGAAGAUGGAUUAUCUGACCCUCAGGUGACGGCAAGAUAAUUUCGAUAAUUUUUUGGUAGUUUAUGGAUGUACUUAGUCGAUAUGUAUAAUAGUUGGUGCUGUAUAUGCAUAAUAAUAACAAGAGCACACAUUUUUCAGGCUGUAUUGAAUUUUGAAUCUGCUGAUCUUUAAUGUUUUCUCUGUAUUUUCUUU